CGCAGUUUGCCCGGUGGGUGGGUCAGGUGACCAGAGGAGCCUUCGAGUCGGUUUAGGCCGCUGCUCUGGGCUUCCAGAGUGCCGGUCGCCAUGGCCAGCCAGUCGCAGGGGAUCCAGCAGCUGCUGCAGGCCGAGAAGCGGGCGGCGGAGAAGGUGUCGGAGGCCCGCAAGCGAAAGAACCGGAGGCUGAAGCAGGCCAAAGAAGAAGCACAGGCUGAAAUUGAACAGUACCGCCUGCAGAGGGAGAAGGAGUUCAAGGCCAAGGAAGCUGCGGCGCUGGGAUCCCACGGCAGUUGCAGCAGCGAAGUAGAGAAGGAGACCCAGGAGAAGAUGACCAUCCUGCAGACCUACUUCCAGCAGAACAGGGAUGAGGUCUUGGAUAACCUCUUGGCCUUUGUCUGUGACAUCCGGCCAGAAAUCCAUGAGAACUACCGCAUAAACGGAUAGAAGAAAGCUGCCCUUGUUCCACGGCUGGGCGUUUCAGAUGCUCUCGUGGAGCAUGGAGCCUCAGCAAAGCUCACGCUCUGCCCUCAUGACAAGGCAUUAAAUUAUUUCUGUGUGUUUCAUAGGAGGGCCUUCACUCGUUAGCUUCUUUAUCCAGACUUUCCAAAGAGUUCAUCUUUUUACUUCGUAUUUCUUAGAGACAUUUAAUAUGUCGUGUGUUUUCCUGUGCCUUUUAGUUCAAGCAACAUAUAUGUCAGUGUUGACUUUUCUAUCUUAGAUCUUGUAUAAAAAAAAAUUCUUUGAAGAAAGAAAGGGACUAAACAAUUUGUUUCCCCUAUGCUUUCUUGAAGGUCAGGGGCUUUAUCUAUGAAAAAGUAGUAAAUAGUUUCUUGUAACUUGUGUGAAGCAGCAGCCAGCCUUAAUGUCUAUUCUAAAGGCAAAAGCAAUGAAUUACUCGUGUAAUUGUUUAGGCUGCUUUUAGCUUGUUAAUCAAAAUUACUAGAUGAUAGAAUUUAAGAACUUAUUGCAUGUUAUUACUUGGUGUACUGAUAAUUUAAAAGUAAAGACUUUGUCAUGUGUUCUAUCUCUCACACUUCUCUGGUUCAUCCUGUAUGAUAAUGCAAAAUGCACUUUGGCCUACAGAAUUCUUCAGAUUCUGCAGAAUUCCACUUAGGAAAUUAGCUCACAUAUCACAUUUGCAUUCAUAGUUAGAAAUUGUUCAAGAUGUACAGAUUUAGCAAGAAGCAAAAUGCUUGUAAUUUUACCUAAAAAUUGGUUUACAAAACAAGAAGUAGUAUCAGCUCGCUGCUUCUUCCUGAUACCGGGCUGCCCUGGCAGUUUAUCAGCCUGUGUCCUCCUGGUGGGCUAAAGGACGUGACUAAAGCUCUUAGUGACUUCACACUCCCACUUAUAAGAGUUAAAUGUCUUUCUGUUAGCUGCAAGUCUUUUGUUGGUUUGAAACUAAUUUCUGGUAGAAAUGGUUGAAAGAGCAUGGGAUUUCCUUACCAAUACAGCUAGAAAGACUUUAAAAAUAUAUUUGAAAGAUAGACUUUUUUUUUUUUUUUUGACAGGCAGAGUGGACAGUGAGAGAGAGAGAGAGACAGAGAGAAAGGUCUUCCUUUGCCGUUGGUUCACCCUCCAGUGGCCGCUGCGGCCUGCGCGCUGCGGCCAGCGCACCGCGCUGAUCCGAUGGCCGGAGCCAGGUACUUAUCCUGGUCUCCCAUGGGGUGCAGAGCCCAAGGACUUGGGCCAUCCUCCACUGCACUCCCUGGCCACAGCAGAGAGCUGGCCUGGAAGAGGGGUACCGGGACAGAAUCCGGCGCCCCAACCGGGACUAGAACCUGGUGUGCCGGUGCCGCAAUGCGGAGGAUUAGCCUGUUGAGCCGCGGCACCGGCUUGAAAGAUAAGACUUUUAAAAAUAUAUUUGAAAGAGAGAGCAAGAUCUUCCAUCCACUGGUUUACUCCCCAGAUAGCCACACGACCAGGGCAAGGCCAGGCAGGUCUCCCACGAGUGUGUCAGCAGCCCAAACACUUGGGCCAUCUGCUGCUGCUUUUCUCAGGCCACCAGCAGUUUCUGGAUCAGAAGUGGAGCAGCAGGGACACAAAUGGGCGCCUGUAUGGGAUGUUGGUAUUGCAGGCAGCAGCUUCAUCCACUGUACCACAGCGCUGGCCCCCAUGUCUGUUUUGUAGUAGAAGACCUCAGAAAGUUUUCUUAUGCAAGCUGUUUGACUUUACUGUUAAAACACCCACGCCUGACUCCCUGAAACUGCUCGUCAGGGUCAGUGGUGGUGUCCACACUGAGAAACCCAGCCUUCUACCAUUUGACGUUUAGGAUUAUUUCAUGGGCUUGGCCACUCUUCUUCCCCUGAAACAUUUUAUUAAUUUUUUUGAAAGAUUGGUCUGUUUGAAAGGCAAAGUUACAGAGAGGGAGAGACAGAGUGAUCUUCCAUCCACUGGCUUACUCAGAUGGCUGCAAGGGCCUGGGACUGGGCCAGGCCGGAGCCAGGAGCCAGGAGCUUCAUCUGGGUCUCCCACGUGGGUGUAGGGGCCCAAGCACUUGGGCUACUUUCUGCCCUUUCCCAGGUGCAUUAGCGGGGAGCUGGGUUGGAAGUGGAGCUGCUGGGACUUGAAGUGGCACGCAUAUGGGAUGCUGGUGCCACAGGCAGUGGCUUUACUUGCUGUGCCACAGCGCUGGCCCUGAAACACUCUUAGUUUCCUUCUGUUAUCCAGUGGUGAGCUACCUUGCUUCUCAGUCUCUUCCCAGUGCCUUCUCCUGUUUUCCCAAGGUUUUGUUCUUGGCCUUCUGUACAUAUUUCCUGAUGAAACCACUCAUUUCCUGGCAUUGUUGUCUGUAUUGAAGAUACUUGUAUCUCAAACUCCUGUCAAAUUGCUUAUUUGAUGUUUUGACAUGAAUGUUUAGUAAAUACCUCCAUCUUAA